AUGCACAGGUCCGAAUUCCGACGCCUUGACCAGCAGGUGGGGUCAAGAUCGCAGAAAAGGCCAAUCGCCUACCUUGAACAGCUCAUUCAGGACAGCCAAGAGCUCCAAUAUCAACGUGCCCGUAUGAGCCAAGAGCCACCCAGGCCCCAACUCGAUCCAGCAACAGAUACCGCUGCGCGGCAAUCAGAAGAGGCGGGAUCUGUAAUUCACAAUCACGCUGUUGGAGAGACACCAUGGUUCCAGUGCCUCGGGUCUACUGCUUUGCCAAUUUACAUCAGUGAAGCAGCAUGCACUGCCUUUGCUACCCGCUUGUGUCAAUCUCUGAGAGGCCCAGACUCGUCAACCCCCCAUCUUCCGAGAUGGCGAUAUACCGAUGAAUCCACACUCGAGACUUUAUUCAAUACCGAGGUGCAAUGGCCUAGUCUGGUCUACGCCAAGUUGCUUGUUAAAACGGCUUUGGGUCAUGUGAACCCUGCGUUUCACUUGGUUCUCAGAAAGGAAACGCUCGACGUGCUGCACGGCAUUUAUCAAAGAGAAGAAUUUGAUAACCCUGGGCUGAAAUGCAAGUAUUUUGCGCUUUUCGCCGUUGGUGAGGCCUUUUCGACAGUCUACGAUACAUCCAACACUUCCGCCAUGCCGGGAUCUGCAUAUUUUGCUCGGGCUAUGAGUCUUCUUCAAAUUAUCCCGGAAAGACCAAGUAUGAACCACAUUGAGAGUUUGUUGCUUCUGGCAUACUUCUGUCAGUUUAUAAACAGGUUUCACUCAGCCUAUCUCUUAGUCGGAAAUGCUUUACGCCUUAGCUUGAGCCUCGGUUUGAACUACAAUGUUCCGCAAAAUCAAAACCUACAUCCAGUGGAAAGAGAACACCGCGUACGUAUAUGGUGGUCGAUAUACAUGCUCGACCGCUUCUGGGGAUCAAAAGCCGGCUUCCCUGUACAAAUUCACGACGAUGAUGUUCAUGUCGACCUUCCCUCAAGCUCACUUUCCGACACUUAUCCCGAGCACUUCUCAGAUAGUACUUAUCAAGUUGCGACCCUAGAUCUUGCCAGGAUUGUCGGCAACACAACCAGAGAGAUAUACACUAGGAAGAAAUCCGUUGAAAGCUUUCUCCAGCGCGAACAAAAGCUUUUGAUUCAACUGAAGCGAUGGGUGCAGACGCUUCCUGACCCACUCAGACUUCAGGCGGAUAGACCCAACUCGAAAUACACGGUUUUUCUCCAUCUUCAAUUCAGCUAUUGCGUCAUCUUGGCAAUCCGACCGGUAUUACUCAAUCUACUCAUCUGUCACAUCAAGAACCAUUCAACUCCAGCGACUGAUGAGGUGACUCCGAUUGUAGGGGUCCUGAGCGAGGCGUGCAUCCACGCCGCACGAUAUUGCCUCAAGCUCUGUGUCGAAGAGUGGACAGGUGGAUCGGUAGCUAUUUUCGGCUACGCGUUUCCGGUUUACCUAUUCUCAUCGGCAUUAGUCCUCGUCAUAUCAAGUCUUUUGCCGAUAGGAAACCCUAAAGACAUUGCAUCUGUUGAUAUCGCAGCAGAGAUCCUUAGGGUUCUGAGCGCCUCGAAUAGUCUAGCAGCCAAGGAUCUGCACGAACAUCUUCAGCGUGUUUGUCAGUGUUUGAAGGAGCGCCGGGAUGAGCGCACUUUCCCUCAAACAUGUGAGGAAGCAGCCCCCUUGAUCGCGGAUCCAACCGUGCAGCUACCCCUUGAAGAUCGUGGGCCCUCGCCCGUCCCCGGCUCCUCCAUUGAAUACAGGGCACUACCCACCUCAACAAUCGUCGAUCCAACAAGUCCCUAUUUGACGACUGAAAUGACUUUGCACAACCCACUAUUGCAAGAUUUUUUGUCGCAGCCUGCUGUGGAUGUAGGGUCCUGGGAUGCGCCGGAAAUACCGAAUGACUUUGACGCGGCCUUUUGGUGGACUGGCACGCUCACUACACAUCUCAUACUUCCCAAUCCAAAAAUGGAGGCAAAGUACACGUACUCAUUUUUUCGGGUAUCCAAGACGGAUAACAUCCAUGCCGCCGCUCAAAAAUACCGGGAUCUCCGACUGCGAGCUUUGAAGGCCUCGCCCAAAUCCUUCGCAUCUACAUAUGAGCUAGAGGCGGCCUUUUCAGACGCCGAAUGGAUCAAUCGCCUGAUCGUAAUUGACCGUGAAGUUUUCAUUUGCGCCGCAAAUCCGUUGAACGGAGAAACGACAGAUCACCAUGCAGCAGACUGGAUUGGCCAGGUCACCCUUCGCGGGCCUAUAUCACAAACCGACUUCGCCCUCCCUGUUGAGUCCGGACAGCCCGAUCUUAAAACCGAUGCCGAGGAAGAACGAUGGCAGAUGCUGAGCCUGUUCACACUUCCUGAGCAUCGCGGAAACGGACUUGGCGGGAAAUUAUGCAAGGAGGCGAUUGACUAUUUGCGGACAUAUCAGCCAACCCCUCGUCAUAUUCAUGUGCGCCUCAUGGUCAAGCCAGAGAAUCAUGCUACUGUGAAGCUGUAUGAGCGUCUGAGAUUUGUGAUUGUUGGAAAAUGCACCCUUGCCGAGGCGCUUAGGGCAAAUGGCGACAGUCACCUUUUGCCGAAAGACACGAGCGGUUCGAUAUAUACAGAUCGGGCGGGGCUCAUUAUGUCUUUUCAUAUGCAGCGCUCUUGA